AUGGAGGCAAUUCCCUUCGAAACUGUGGAGAAAAUGCCGCCGCAGGAGAUCUUUCGCAUCCUUGAUUCCAAAGAGGCCUGCCAGAACUACGUGCUUGCAAAACCGGUGGGGGAGCCCACUGCAUUGAAGGGCGACAGACACAAGUGCAACUGGCUGUCGAGCAAACAUACGUGGAAGCAGGCCAUGCAAGGUCGCGCACAACUUGUCGAGAAGCUCCUGCAUUCCUUCAACAUUGAUCCUGACUGUGACAUUUGUACCAAUCCUGCUGGGUUCGCCGAGCACCUUCCAGCGAAGAAGCACUUCAACCUGCUUUGGGAGCGUUUGCCGGACGGCAAGCCCGCAGCCGAGUGUGCAAAGGCACUAUAUCAACAUUGGCGGCUUCCUGGAGACCGUGCCAUGAGUUUCAACCAUUUGCACGGACAGGUGCUCAUUUGCAAAGGGCAGUGUUCUGCCAGAAAGGCUCUCCCUUUCACAGCUGAUAAUGGGCCAGCCUUGAGCAACGGGGGCUUCCACGCUGCGGAAGGGCAAACUCCCUCCUCCUACACGCCAUCGUUUCGGGGGGGCCCACCAAGUCUUUCUGGUAUGUCUGCGGCUUCCCAACCUGCUUCUGCUGCCGGACCGCCUCCGACUGUGCAGGGGAUGCCAGAAGCACCGAGGCCCUCUGCAGCUCCCUAUGUGCAGACACACUCUGCCGAUUUCUCGAAGCUUCCCCAAGAGGGCAUCUGGCAUGUGCUAGAGGAGCCAUGCAGCCAUGCGACAGAUCCUAACGGUGAUUACCGGGCCUAUGCGCACCUGAACUCCAGGUUUGCUUUCAAAGCGGCCAUGACUCCGAGGGCUAAGAUCAUCGAGGACAUGUUGGGCGCUAUCCAGCCCCAGUGCAAGUUCUGUGAUAUACACCGUGGAUAUUCCGAACAUCUGGGAGCUGACAAGCACUGGAGAGCUUUGUAUGAUGGGAAGUACACCGCCGAGGGAGUCGUCAUUGCUGGAGUGCGACCCUUGGCUUGGAACAAGUGGCGUGUCACCGGUGGGUUUGUUCGCAUCAACGAGCUGGACGGAACUAUAGAAAUCUCUCGGGGCUCUCGAGAUCCCGACCUUCACUCCCCGGCGGAGCCCGCACGCGCACAAGCCACGCCGGAUCCUUGGGCGAAUUAUUCAGGCCUGCGCCAGCCACACCCGCAAUCACAAUCCAUGCAGCCACCGCCCUCGCAGACGCCGCAACAGGUACCGCAGCCGGCACAACCUGCAAGUUUUCCAGCACAGGCUCCACCCGCACAACCUCCGCUGCUGGAUUCCUGGGCCCACCCUUCCGGCGUUCCGCAUCAGCCUUGCCAGCAGCCGCAACCGCUGUAUCCACCGCAUUCUGCAGUGCCAGGUGUACAUCAGAAUUACCAGCAGCCACAAUAUCCAACGCAGCCAGCACAGCCGGCGGCUUUUGCAGCAGAGCCCCCAUCCGCACAACCUACACUAGAUCCUUACGCAAAUUCUGCAGGAGCACAUUACCGUCAGCCACAGUCGCUGCAACCACAGCAGCCGACACAGAUGCAGCAGGCGCCACCACAGUCGUCGCAGGUGCCGCAGCGGCGGUGGCAACACCAGCAGGCAAGUCAGCCGCACCCCUCUGCGCCAGCGCAGCAACCCCCAGCGGCGUUCCCAGCGGCGGCAUUGCCGCUGCGCGAGGAUAUGCUCCCGGGAGGAGGAACCGUUUCUCGCGAUCCAGACAGCGAGUCUCUGGUCGCCCACCAAGGCUGGAGGUCAGAGAUGCAAUCGAGCAAAGGCACGGGUUCUACACUCGGCUGCGACACAUCGCUUCCCAAAACGGAACUGGGAUUCUGGCUGUGGCAGCGUAACGAAAAUCAGGCGGCAAAGAUCCAGCAAUUGCUGCUACAACAGCAGGUGCAUCCGCGAGAUCUCGUUUGCAAGAUAUGCGACACCAACGAGGUUCUGGCACCACAUCAGGUCGCUGAUCAUCUCAUGAGCCGCCGACACUUCGACAGCCUUAGCAUGGUGUUUGCCGCACAUGAUGGCAGCCCUGCCCCGCUGGAGCAGGUCUUCGAGUCUCUGCCGGACUGGAAGUUGGAUCAUUUGCGCCUAGAGCUCGUGGAAAAUCCGAAGCAAGAAGAAGCCUCCGUCCAAGCAAGCACCGGGGGUCACGGCUGGUAG